GGUCUGUUUUCUCUCCAUCAUGCCCGAGCCCGCCAAGUCCGCGCCGGCCCCGAAGAAGGGCUCCAAGAAGGCGGUGACCAAGGCGCAGAAGAAGGACGGCAAGAAGCGCAAGCGCAGCCGCAAGGAGAGCUACUCGGUGUACGUGUACAAGGUGCUGAAGCAGGUGCACCCCGACACGGGCAUCUCGUCCAAGGCCAUGGGCAUCAUGAACUCGUUCGUCAACGACAUCUUCGAGCGCAUCGCGGGCGAGGCGUCGCGCCUGGCGCAUUACAACAAGCGCUCGACCAUCACGUCCAGGGAGAUCCAGACGGCCGUGCGCCUGCUGCUGCCCGGGGAGCUGGCCAAGCACGCCGUGUCCGAGGGCACCAAGGCCGUCACCAAGUACACCAGCGCCAAGUAAACGUGCCCAGUAAGCGUCUUGUUGCCCAAGCCCCAAAGGCUCUUUUCAGAGCCACUACGUUGUCCCUAAUCGAGCUGGAAUUUCA